ACAGCAGCAGCAGCAGAGCCAGCAGCAGCAGCCAAGCAUCCAAUUUCCAUUCUUUUUUUUUUGUUCGUUAAUUUCGCUGUGCACGUGCGUUGAAAGUAUUUUCAACCGCAAACUGCGCAAUGGAUCAUCACACAUAUGCUAAAAGUGGCUCCAAAAAGUGGUCUGUGGAGGAGAAGCGUCUGCUUGUCACAAAGCGCAUCGAAGCUGAAGAUUUAUUCUCCAAAUACUCGUCCAAGCAGGCGGAGCCAUGGAAAAAGUUCAAGGACAUGGCCAAAAUUGGCGACUACAGCGAACGGGCGCUGCGCAAACAGUGGCUAAACAUGGUCCAGCGCUAUCGCGUCCAGAAGUCCAAUAUGCAGGCGACGCCGCUCAACAAGCAAUGCAUAGAUGUGCUCAACGAGGAAUGGGAGUUCUUUGGGGAGAUACACGCGUACAUGAACCAAAAGACCACCGACCUGCACUCGUAUGCGCUCAAGGAGCCCAACGUCCAAGAGCACUCGCACAACAACAAUGUGGCCAUUCGCGGCGUUGUCAAUGAUCACAGCUUUGGCGCAGCGAUAGCGGCGCCAAACAGCGCUCGCAGACAGAUGCGUAGCCAGUUGCAGUCGGUUGAGGCUGCGGUCAAUGUGGAGCUCGAUUAUGCACUUGCUAUGCCAGAUGAGCCGCAGCAGCAGCAGCACGAGGAGCUAGAAAAGAGCUGUGAAGCCAUCCUAAUUGGCAAGCAAGUGCUAAAGGUAUCAAAUAGGCGUUACGGCGAGGGCUCUCCUUCGGACAUAUACACUGACUCGGAUUCAGAGGAGAGUUCACAGCCCUCCGAUCCGGUGGCCGUUGAGGUGUCCGACUUAUCGGAGGCGGAGUCUAUUUUGGGCUCGCCCUUGCCGGCGAAAUCAGCCUCAGAUAUAUGCGAGACAACCGCUGUGGAGCAGUUAACCGCUAACUACGAGUCUGCAUCAGGAUCAGUGCCGCUCGACGAUCGCGAGCGAGCCAAGUCGUCAAGCUGGUCAGGAUCAGCAACGCUGACGGCCAGGCCGUUGUCGUCCAACAGAAAGCGCAAGGCGUUGACCGAAAGGGAAAAAUAUUACAGACAUCGCCGCCGCUACGAGCACCGCAUGGAGCUGCGCCUCGGCGGCCUAUGCAAAGUGGCCGGCCAGCUGUUGGAGCAGCUGGUGCCCGGCGCGAAUGUGACGCCGCUGCUGAUGAACAUCUACAACACCGUUGACUACAACUGCAACAGUAGCUGUGACGAUGACGACGACGACACCGAUGAGGAUGACAUUGGCCAGCCAUGAGGCGGCAGAGUUCGGAGUUUGGAUGGAAGCUUAAGAUGCUGAACAUCAUGUUCCUCUAAAAAUGAAUCAUAUAUUGCUUUAUUUACACACACACACACACAUUAUAUAUAUAUACACACACACACACGAUCCUGGCUGUUAUUUUCCUAAGGCGUACACACACAACACAAGACACAGGCACGACAGGUAAAAACAUUAACUGUAUUUAAAGAAAAGACUUGAAAAGCAUGAAACGCUAGAAGCUCUAGAUAGUUCAAAAUAUGAUCUCCCUAAGAUCAUAAAGAAUUAUUGUAGAUACUCGCUUAUUGUUAUUGAAAGGCAAAUAAAAAAUAACACACACGAACAUACUAUCAAAAAAAAAAGUAUAAAAAAAGUAUAUAAAUGUAAUAAUCGGCGACGCAUUGAAAAAAGCAGAAAGCAAAAAGAAAAUUUGACUUUGUUGAAAAUGUGUGGAAAGUUGAGGGAUUAAAGUUUUGACUAUUACACAAUGUUACCCACAUAUACAAAUGCUAUUCUAUCGUUUACAUGUAUAAUAUAAUACUAUAUAUUUUUGAUCAGACGAGCCGCACAGCUUAAAAGUAGUUUGAAAUUGGAAAAUGUCUGAUCAUGAAAAAUUAUAAUUAUAACGCAUAAAUUAUAGUUAUUGAAGCAACAAGCUAACUUAUAAAGAGCACUGGCUUUCUAAGGCCUUUUACAUUAUACAAAAUUAUAUAAUCGAGAAUGUAGUUUGAACCUGAAUUCCUGACGUUAGUUUCCUGCAUGAUCGAGUCGUGUGCUAGGCUCAUGACAUAUGAUAUGUUAGCUUAGGAUCAUAUUCUAUUUUGAAACAUUAGGACUUUAAUUUGUUCUAUAUGAGGCUACCUCAUGGUGGCUACCCGAAAAUUGUAAUAUAUAUAUAUACAUAUAUAUCUGUUUAAUUAAAAACGUGUUGAAAAAAUAUAAA